AUGUCGGAGCAUCAAGGAAUCGUCAAAGAGUAUUUUCUCACGCGCGAUUUUGUCGAUCUUAACAGACUCAACCUACAACACUACUUGUAUAAGGACAUAUUCGGAUAUAAUCUCCAUCCUGCUAUUCAUCGGCGGGAACAUUUGAAAGUCGCAGAUGUUGGUACUGGAACAGGAGUUUGGCUGCGAGACCUUUCCGCCGAGCUGGACCCUACAACUGAAUUCGUUGGCCUGGAUACAAACACGCAUCAAACCGGACCGCCACAAUGGCUUCCUUCCAACGUCACCAUCAGGGAAUGGGAUGCAACGUCAGAUAUCCCAGACGAUCUCGUGGGGUAUUUUGAUAUUGUCAACCUGCGCUUGUUCGGCCUUGUGAUCCAGAAUAAUGACCCGGGGCCGGUUUUGCGGAACCUGAUCAGAAUGCUGAGUAAAUAUCAUCAUUUAACUCUCACUGCCGUCCACAUCGAACUAAUCAGAUUCCUAGAGCCCAACGGCUACAUCCAAUGGUGCGAGGCCGACCAGUCCUCCCACCGCAUCCAGACAACCUCGCCCAGCGUGCCGACGCAGAACCUAGCCGAGCUCUGGCGCCAGACGAGCAUUAUUGCUUCAGGACUGAUGGCCCCGUGGGUGAAAACACUGCCUGAGUCCUUUGAAGCCGAGGGUCUGCUGGACGUGGUGGCCGAUUGGAAGACGGGGGACCCACAUACUCUGACAGCGAUGCACUGGUGCAAUAUGCCGCUCUACGAGAUGCUCGAGCGGCAGCUGAGACAAGGUAACCCCGAGAAGGCGGACGAGUUUGUGAGGCUGAUCCAGGGAAGUGUGGAGGAGGCGAAAUCGGGCGCUAUUUAUGUGUUUGAUAGGGUGCUUGUCGUUGGGCGCAAGGCUGCCUGA